AUGGCGUCUGAAUUUAUAGGCUACACUAUAUUAGUGACCUUGAGCACCCCGCCAAACGCUCAAAUUCAAGGCGUUGUAUCGAAUGUUGUGGACCAGAAGCUGCACCUUCAUAAUGUCACUUUACUGUGGAAUGGCCAGCGACUGCCAUUAUAUACUCUUGACGCCACGAACAUUGCCGAUGUCGAAGUAGCGCCUUCACAAGCCUCAACCUCGAAUCUACCGACGCCUACCGCUGCUCCUCAACUCACACAUCAGAUUCCUGGUGGUCAUCCACCUCGACAACCGCUUUCGCAGUCUGCUUUCGUCGAUCCAGCCAUAUUGAGCUACAACAAACCAGUACAACCCACCAUUCACCCGGUGUCGCCCAUCAUGAUCGCGGAUGGCCCUACACCGAGUCCUAUGUCCCAACCAGGGCGCAGUAUAGCUAAGCAGAGUUCAGUCUCCAGCAUCGCUACAACGCAGCCUGCUCGAAAUACCCGCCGAGAGUCCGAAGCCACUGCGAUCCUUACCGAGCCCUUCGAUGCCCUGGCCCUCAGCACAGUGAACACGAAUAAAAAGUCUACCACCAAGAAGCACAAAUCCACACCCUCUCACACCGCGCCAGGCAUAAUCGACAUCAAAGAUAUACAUGGUUCCCUGAAGCAAUCCGCUGGUACAACAGCGGCUAAGAACGCGAAACCUGGAAAGGGUAAAGGCUGGCGCAACACGCCUCUUCUUGAUGAACGAACUCCACGGCGCCAACGUGGCCGUCGGACUGAAGAUGCCAAUGGGUGGGCGACAGAAGAUGCGACCGACAUCCAAGACCUUGGCGACUUCGACUUUGCCGGUAAUCUCAGCAAAUUCGAUAAACGUCAGGUCUUCGAUGACCUCCGCAAAGAUGACGCGAUACCUGAUGAUGAUAGGUUAGUGAGCUUCAACCGCGUAGCACGACCCGGGACGAAUGGGGGCAGAAACCUGCAUUUCACAGAGAAUGUUCUCGACGGGGAAGUUUCAAGGAAAGCACCACCAAUAGACGACCAGUGGAAAAGUGAAGCUGGAGAGACCGAACUCGAAGAAGAACUAGAAGCAAGCCAAUACUCGAGCAGCAAAGGGUCUCGACGUGCCAACUCUCGUCAUCCGCUUCCAAGUCGUAAAGCCAGUGUUAUACCCGGUCAUGUGGCUAGCGAACGUACGGCCAGCCCUCGUCCCUUGCAGCGCGUGGCCACCAGCUCCAUCAAUGGCGGCGCCAGCGUCAACGGCACCAAGGCUUCUUUCCGGCUCCCAAGCAACAAGCCUUGCCACUGCGUCAGCCCCCUGCAGAUGCUGGAAAUUGAGCAGUUAUGUACCACAGAUCUCGGCCUCAGCGAAGACAUGCUCUCCGAGAAUGCUGGCCGCAGUAUCGCUGAAGCGGUUCUCAAGGCUGGUGCUGACGUGAAGACUGUGGUCUUCUUAAUUGGCAACCACAAAUCUGGAGCGCGCAGCGUGGUUGCGGCUCGACACCUCCGGAAUCGCAGAUUACGCGUCACAGUGAUUCUGCUCGGUGGCGAACGAGAGGAGAGCGUGCUCGAGAGCGUAAGAAGACAGCUCAACAUCUACAAAAAGGGCGGUGGCUGGGUCGAGCGCUGGGACGAAUACCAAUCCAAACUGUCCGGCGGGGCACCGCAGCCGGAUAUCAUCGUAGACGCCAUCAUGGGUAUUCACGUCACGCCUGACGAGCUGCGGACGGACGACCUGGCGGCCGCGUUCGAGAUGACGCGGUGGGCGAGCCGCACGGAAAAUGUGCUUAGCGUCGAUGUGCCCAGUGGGAUGAACGCAAGUUCCGGCUACUUCACACAUGUGGACAAUCAGCUCUUCCGCAUGAGCAGUGCGCGCAUCGUAUGCCUCGGCGCACCCAAGACGGGUCUUCUGCAGGCGAUGGGCCUGAGCUUGGAGGCGGGUGACGCGGUGCCGGAUUGGGAGGUCUGUGUGGCCGAUGUGGGUAUCAGUACCGUGGCAUGGCAGCGGCAUGGGAGCCGGAGGCGUCAGGGCGUCGAAUUCAGUGGCGAGUGGGUUGUGCCUGUAAGGUUUGUGGCCGGGUGA